UGUGAUCGGAUCGUUUAUCCCUGAACACAAUUCGGUGAACAUUAGUAGUAGGAACCUUUCUUUAAGGACGAUUCGUGUGAUCGGACUGUUUUUCCCUGAGCACAACUCAGUGAACUUUCACCCCUUCCAACCUGGUUGUUUUGAUUGAGCAUCUUGGGCUCUCCGUGGGGGAGCCGGAAUUAAACCUAAUCUGAUAGCGGGGACAUUUUCUCAGAAUUCACUCGUACACGAGAAAGAAGGGCGUCAAUGGCGCUGUCAAGCAAAACAAACCGGCGCCCCCGCUGAAGAGAGAUGCUCGAUGUAGCCAAAUGCUAACGUUCGCUGUCAACCUAGCGGAUUUACCUGAGCUGUCAACAUGGCGGUGAUGGGAACGGCUGUGUAGCACCCAACCGACUGGACACACCGCAUGUGUUCACAUUUUGUUUUCAAUACUGGCCUGGAUUUUUCAAACAAGCAAAUACAACGGAUUGUUGGAUUUUUCCAUUCCUUGCUUUCAAUGGGCGAGGAAAAGCCAGACACGCUGGUCUUCGUAAAGGAUUUCCAGGAGUAUCUGAGCCAGCAGACCCAGCAUGUCAACAUGAUAUCGGGUUCCGUCAGCGGCGUUAAGGAGGCAGAUGAACUACCGGCCGAUUGCAGUCAGAACGGGUUGGAUCACCCGGCGGUGGACAUGUCCCUGGAGGACGGCGCUGGAAUUUUGGUGGACGGUUUUGAGAGAACUUUUGACGGCAAACUCAAGUGCCUGUACUGCAGCUACGCCACCCGGGGCACAGCGAGACUCGUCGAGCAUAUUCGAAUGCACACAGGAGAGAAACCCCACCGCUGCCACCUGUGCCCGUUCGCCUCGGCCUACGAGCGCCACCUGGAGGCCCACAUGCGCUCGCACACGGGCGAGAAGCCGUACAAGUGCGAGCUGUGCUCCUUCCGCUGCAGCGACCGCAGCAACCUGUCGCACCACCGCCGCCGGCGCCACAAACUGGUCCCGAAGAAGGAUACCCGCUCGCUGCCGCACAAGAAGAUGCUGAGCGUGCUGCAGAAAAAAAGCGGCUCGCUCGGCUACGGCCGCCGCCUCCUCAUCGCCUCGUGCUCUUCUACGCCCCGGGCCUGCGACGCGGACGACCGCUCCCGCGAGCCGCCGCACGAGGCUUAUGACGAGGAGGAGCCUCCUAGCUGCCUGCGGUCAAACCUGAUCAUGGAGAACCCCCUCAAUCAGCUCUCCACCCUGGCGGGCCAGUGCGCCAGCCUCCCGCCCCCGCUCCGGCCCCCUUCCUCCCCAGGAGCGGAAUCCGACGCGGAGGAGAAGCCGCUCCUCAUCCAGCGCUCGCUCGCCUCCUCCUCGCCGGUCACCCCCGAACCGCUAGCGCCCCCUCAGCUAAGCAACUGCAGCCCGGCGGGCAGCGAGCGCAGCGGGCCCAACAGCGCCACCAACAGCCGGCCCGGCACGCCGGCGCCCGGCGUCCCGGCCCCCCGGCGCGCGCCGCAUCGCUGUCAUCACUGCGGCAUCUACUUCCCCGACAACAUCCUCUACACCAUCCACAUGGGCUGCCACGGCUACGAGAACCCGUUCCAGUGCAACAUCUGCGGCCACAAGUGCAGGAGCAAGUACGACUUUGCCUGCCACUUUGCUCGCGGCCAGCACAAGUGACGACUUUUCAAAAUCUGUCACUUUGCGGGAUCUUUAGUGAUUGGUUUCUUUUUUGGGUUUUGCUCUUCCCACUGGCCUCCCAUGUAGCAUUUUCGCCUUGCGGGAAGAUGUCGGCAUUGAUAUGGAUCCCUUUGCCCACAAUGGGCAGAAGUUGUCUGAAUUCUAUGAAGGAGUCGGCGGGAAUUUGAUGGCGACACAUUUGGAAGUGUUCCAUUUGCAUUUUCUAAAUUUGAGAAGAAAAAUGGCAUCAUUCAAUUUGAUGGGGUCGGGAGGGGGGGUAAGUUGCAAUAUUAACCUUUACAAAAAUUAAGUCGGAAUAUAAUGGAAGUAUAUCUGUGCCAUAGAUUAUUACCAGAGUGAAGAAAGUCCAAAUCUGACGGAAAAACAUCCUAA